GAAGAAGACUGUUGCAUUCUGGGUAACAAAUAUUCCAACCCAUCCCAAGAGAAAUUCAAUUAGUCUCUUUGCUAGCAGGUGAGUCAACUCCUCCACAGCAGCUGACCAACAUGGAGCCCGUUUCCCACCGGAACGAGUCCUUCCCUACUCCGCCACUUUACUACUCGCCAGAUGACAAAACAGGGCCCCAGGUGAAGAUCUAUCACGUGCACUCGCCCCUAGGACAUCCUUCUGCUCCUCUUCCUUCUCCUGAUUCUUGUUCCCUUAACGUUCACCCUGGAGGGGUGUACCCACCCGACAAUUCCCCACCGCAAGUGUGCGCGCCCACCGAGUUGACCCCCAUCCCAAAGUUUGAGAGCGACCUGUACCGCUCCCCUGCUCUGACGUCAUGCCCUUCCUGCCUGGCUCAGGUGACCACCAGGGUGCGCUACCGAGCUGGAACAUACGCGUGGGUCAUGUGCGUGGUCUUCGUGCUGUGUGGUUUGGUGUUGGGCUGCUGUCUGCUUCCGUUCUUUGUGAAACAUUUCAAAGACGCUCAUCAUAGUUGCCCACGAUGUCGUCGCCUUCUUCAUGUGCAUCGCAGGACCUGCUAUCAGUAAUGACAACAUGCAGCCAUUUGUUUUUAAUGUUAUGUACUUUUAUCAAUCUUUUGUUAUUUUUUUUUGACACGUCAAUAAACAUUUAGUAUGGAGAAGGCGACUCGCUUCA